CACUUUCAUUCCCGGUCCGCCAGCGGUAGCAGCACGCCGCGUGCGUUCCGACGACAAAUCUACUUACGACGACUGUACGAGAGUACACACGGUGCAGUGUGCGCGCGCGAAGUGUGUUGUUUUCGUUUUUCGUUUUCGAUUUUCGAUUAUUAUUUUUUUUUUUUUUUAUAUAUAUCGCCGUUUUCGGGUAUAUUUCGCCCAUCAGCACAUAUCGUCCGUCCGUCCGUCUGUUCUCCGCCGACGUCCACCGCAGCGAGUACGUACACGUAUGCCGUCGUCCGUCGAACACCGUCCACUAGUGCGUCGUGCAGUGCGAUUCGCGAUGAUACAAUCAUCAUACGAUUAUAGUGACAAUAAUCUUUCCGUACUCUGAUAAUAAUAUAAAUAUUAUAUCACAUCGUCGUGCGAGUUUGGGUUUUUCGAUUUGCGUUCCGUUUUUUGUUCGUUCGAAUUUUUUGCGGUCUCUUUUUUUUUUUCUCACGCUCGUCUUGGCCCUCCCCGCCGUGGGUACCGCCGAAAAUGCAAUUGUCUCAAGUGGUCACUAGCUCGGGCGUACUGAUGCACGUGUACAGCGCCGAAAGACACCAACAGCAGCAGCAACAGCAGCAACAGCAGCAGCAACCGUCGCAACAGCAGCAACACGGUGGUGACUUUCGCGUACCACAAUCGCCGGGCGUCGUGUCGUCUUCGACCGGUAGCGGCGGAGUACCGUCUCCGCCCGCGCAGCAUCAUCAUCUUCAGUUGCAACUGCAACAACAACAGCAUCAGCAGCAGCAGCAACAGCAGCAACAGCAACAGCAACAGCAGCAGCAGCAGCAGCAGCAACAGCAGCAACGGUGUUCUCUGCCACCGGCUCCGCCGUCGUCUUCAGCGGCCACGAUGCGCCCACCCGCCGCCCCGGGUCCCCGGUGCAAGCCGGUCCCGUCGGCAGCCACCCUGACGAUCAAGACGGAGUACAGCCGAAGCCCUCCGAUGCUCUCCGAGGAACCGACCAGCUCCAUACCGGACUUAGAAUUUGACGGUGACACGGUACUGUGCCGAGUGUGCGGCGACAGGGCGUCCGGAUUCCAUUACGGCGUACACUCUUGCGAGGGAUGCAAAGGUUUUUUCCGCCGGAGCAUCCAGCAGAAGAUCCAGUACCGACCAUGCACCAAGAACCAACAGUGCAACAUCUUGCGGAUCAACAGGAACAGGUGUCAAUAUUGCCGACUUCGCAAGUGCAUCAGCGUCGGCAUGAGUCGAGAUGCUGUACGAUUCGGCCGUGUACCAAAACGGGAAAAGGCUCGUAUAAUGGCCGCCAUGCAACACAGCAGUAACUCCAAAAGCCAGGAGAAGGCCGCCGUGGCGGAGCUUGAAGACGAUCAACGACUCGUUGCCAGCGUAGUCAGGGCGCAUCUAGAGACUUGCGAUUUCACGUCAGACAAGGUCGCGCCCACGUUGGCCCGAGCCCGCGAACAGCCAAAUUACACCUUGUGCCAUCCGACACUGGCUUGCCCUUUGAACCCGAGUCCACGACCUGUCACCGGACAACAAGAACUGUUGAACGAUUUUUCGAAGCGAUUCUCGCCGGCUAUACGUGGCGUGGUCGAGUUCGCCAAACGUAUACCCGGUUUCGGGCUACUCGCCCAAGACGACCAGGUGACCUUGCUCAAAGCCGGCGUUUUCGAGGUGCUACUAGUUCGCUUGGCCUGCAUGUUCGAUUCUGAGUGUAAUAGCAUGGUGACGCUCAACGGUCAAGUGUUGCGCAGAGAGUCGGUUUGCGCAUACUCCAACGCUAGAUUCCUCACCGAUUCCAUGUUUGAGUUUGCCGAGAGGUUGAACGCAAUGCGACUAAACGAUUCGGAAAUUGGUCUAUUCAACGCCGUCAUCGUGAUCGCUGCCGAUCGCCCAGGCUUGCGCAAUAUCGAAUUCAUCGAACGUAUGCACAAACAGUUGAAAUGCGCGUUGCAGUCGGUACUUAUGCAAAACCACCCGGACCGACCUAGCUUGUGCCAGGAACUGUUGAAGAAAAUCCCCGACUUGAGGACGCUCAACACGUUGCACUCAGAAAAACUGUUGGCAUUCAAGAUGACCGAACAGCAAAACCAACUUGACCAACAGCAGCAACAACACCAGCAGCACCAGGACACCACCACCACGACUUCCAUCGCAGCCGCCGCGGUCCAACAUCAUCAAAACAUUCAAAACGUCGGUGGCAUGUGGAGCCUAAUGAUGAACGGCACCGACGACUUCAACCGAAAGAGCCCGGAGGAGGCUGGCUCGUCGUCGUGGUCGGACGAGACCACUUCCGUGGAGGACAUGAAGAGUCUGGCCAUGUUGGACGAGGUCAAGAGCCCGCUGGGUUCAGUAUCCAGCACAGAAUCCGUGUGCUCGGACGAAUACCACCACGGUCCGAGCAAGCACGCGGCCAGUGCUCCUCUGUUAGCAGCCACGCUAGCCGGGGCUGUGUGCCCAAUCAGGCGGCAUGCGGCCGCGCCGUCGGACGAGCUACACCACCAAGUGAUCGUCCGGCCGAUGUCGUGCCGCCGGUAUCAGCGGAAACAGGAUUCGCCGACUGACUCUGGUAUUGAGUCGGGCACGGAGAAGCUGGACAGACCGAUGCCGCACAGCGCGCCCACAUCGGUGUGCUCUAGCCCGCGGUCCACCGUCGAGGACGCCAUCAUGUCGGCCGACUCGCACCAUCCGGCGGCUAUCGAGGACAUGCCGGUGCUGAAGCGCGUGCUCCAGGCUCCGCCUCUGUACGACACCAACUCGUUGAUGGACGAGGCGUACAAGCCGCACAAAAAGUUCCGAGCCCUACGCAGCGCCAAAGACUCGGCCGAGGCCGAAGCCGUCCGACCGUCGGUGGCGACUACCGUCCAACAACAGCACCCUCCUCAACCACCUCCAACAAAACCACCACCACAAUUCGCCGCAACUGCACCAUCACCUACGUCGUCGUCGUUGUCGAGCACGCACUCGACGCUGGCCAAGUCGCUGCGCGAGACGCCGAAGAUGACCGCGGAACAGAUCAAACGCACCGAAGACAUUCACAACUUUAUAAUGCGCGAGGACACGGCGUGCAGUGGUUACCAACAACAACUACCGCAACAACACCACCACCACAACAACAACCAACAGCACCACCACCUACACCAACAACAACAAGCACCGACCAGGUGGCAACACACGCCCGUCAUAACUUCUGCUUUGGCCCAGAACAGCUGCAGAUUAUCACCACCGCCGCCCACCAGCAGGUAUGCGUCGUCAACGGUGAGCAGUGGCGGCGUUUUGGCGCGCGUCCUGUCGCCAUCGUCUUCGUCGUGUGCGUCACCGCCGCCGUCGGCGCUGUCGAUGGUCAUGCGCCGCACGCCGUCGCCGAACGUUGUCAAUCUCCAGGUGGGCAUUACCAACGCAGCCGCAGCCGCUGCCGAGGCGGCGGCCGCUCACCAGCAGCCGCUCAACCUGUCCAAAAAGCUGUCCCCGUCGCCGACGCCCGCGUCCGCCGUUGGCAGUGGCACCACCACGCCACCACCUCCUGCUCCCGCUCAGGUGGCCAUGGAAGCGUAAGCCACCCAAGCCCCGCCCACCACACUCCCCGUUGCCGUACGUAACCGCAUCGACUCGAUCUCACGAGAGUCAAUCUCUAGACCAAAACACGAAAAAUAAUCAACAAUUGGAAACAAAUGGGGUUUCUAUACGCAAACCAAAACAGGUGCGGUGAUCGUUUUCCUAUUUUAAUAAUUUUUUUUGUUUUAAUUUUAAUUAUUAUUAUUAUUAUUUUUUUUUUUGUGGCAAUAAAUACAACUUUGUGUACAUAUUACUAUAACAUAUUAGGCCUUACGAGUUUAAGUUUAAUUAUAUAAUAUCAUUAUAUAUAUAUAUAUACAUAUAUAUAUUUCACGCUUUUAUUUUUCUUUCUCUCUAUACAUAUAUAUAUAUAUAUAUACUAUCUUUAUUCUAUUUAAUAAUUAUUAUACAAACGUUUUCCGCGUAACUAUUUUUUGAAUUUACGAGAGAAAUAUUAAAACAAAAAUGUACAAAUUUAUAAAUCGACCGAUUUUUUUUCUGACGACGACAACCCGCAUGAUAUAUAUAUAUAUCAAAUUAUAAAAUAUUUAUGUUUAUGUAGAAGUAUAAUUAUAUAUAAUACAUUUAUUAUGAAAACAUUUAUUUUUUUCUUUUUAUUUUCAAGUGUGAUAUACAUUUUAAGGAUCGCAUUUGAUUUUAUUCUGUACAUAUUACAUUUUACCGUGUAAGUUACAAAUAUGAUUUUUUUUCCAUCAUAGUUAGCUAUGAUAUUCAUCCUGGUAUAUAGUUAUUAACGGUUUAAACCGAUUUGACGUUUUCCUUUUUGAACAUUACCUAUAUAAUAUAUAUAUAUGUAUAUAAAUUUAUAUACUAUGUAUUGAUAAUUAUAUAUAAUGGUUAAAAUAGUGACCUCUUUUUUUUCUUUCUUAUUGUUGUAAAUACGAUUUUAAAUUUACGAAGCAAAAACACAGUAUAAUAUAUUAUAAUAUAUACGUCAUUUUGAAUGUUUUCGAAAUACAUUUUUUGAGACUGAGGGAAGUGUCAAGCCAUUUUUAUUUUAUGACUGGCGCGGUUUGGUUUUUUCGUUUCUAAGUAUGUAGUCUGCUAAAAAUAAUAUUUCUACAACAAUCCCUAUAUAUACUAUAUAUAUUUGUGUUUUUAUUUGCGAUAUAAAAAUCGAGUUGGCCAGUACAAAUUUUCAGACCCGCAAUAUUGUUUUUUAUUUUAUUAUUAUUAUUUUUUUUUUUGUAUACAAGCCAAAAACUAAUUUCCUUUCCGCCACCACCACUACCACCACCGCCAACAACACUUCUACGCGUCUUGCCGAAACAGAAUUGUAGACAUUUUAUUUGUUUCCAUCACUACAGCUGAAGUGAGAUAUUAUAAAUUUCUACACAGAAAAGAAAAGAGGCGUGUUUGAUUGGCAUAUUAUUUCGACUUUCCGUACCAGCUGUAUAAAGUUUCACGUGACACUUAUGAGUAAAAUGAGAAAAUAAAAUUAAAUUAAAAAAACUCCGUUUAAGAUUUCUGUACCACGAAUAUCAACUGAACGUUUGAAGGGCAAUGAAUGAAUGUGUGUGUGAGUGUGUGUUUUAUAACACAAUGAGACAUAAAUUAUAGUACACGUGUCGUCGAGUGAAAAACAUGAUUUUUGUAUGUUACAAAAAUCGCUGCUCAUCUUGUGAUAUACUUAUAUAAUUUACUAUCAACGCGUACUGAGAGAAAUGAAUAAAACAUAGAGUAAUGGAAAUUUUUUUUAAUAAAAUAGGUCGAGUACCUAUAUAUAAUAUAUUUAAAUGUUUGUGUGGUGUGUUGUGCAUGUGUGUGUAAAUAUGCAUAUAUGUAUAAGUGUUUAACUUUAUACUAGACGGUAAUUUUGUGUUUUCCCCACUUUUUUCCUCAUCAAUUCCGGUAGGCAUAUCGUAUAAUUAACUAAGUACAGUUUUUUUCGCGUGCAUUGCAACCCUCUGUAUAAAUUAAUAUUAUACAUUUACAUGUAUACAUACAUAUAUAUAAAUAUUGAUAAUCAUACAAUCAAAAAAUAAACUAUAUACGAAAAAACCAACAUCAAUAUAUUAAUAUAAUAUUGAUAUAUUACAUAUUAAAUUAGUAUUCUGUUAUAUAUACUAUAUAUAAUUAUAUAUUAUUAUUAUUAUUAAUAAUUAUUAUAUUAUCAAUUAUCAUCAUGUUUAAAGAUGUGAAGAAAACAAUUAUUGUGUUAAAAAAAUGUACCAAUGUUUAUUUUUUAAGUUUAAAAUAUUUUUUUCUCGUGUGCUUAUGACUGUUAGCAUUGUGUAAUAUUUUUUUUGUUUUUUCCUUUUUAAGCUUGGGAUUAUUAAUUGUAUUUUUUUUGUUUUUAUCCUUUUCCAAGGUCUUUGCGUGUAUAUGUAUAAUAUAUAUAUGUGUGUAUGAUUUAAUUAUUAUAUGUAUAUGAGAAUUGAAAAAAAAGAGAAAAAAUAAUAAAAACUGUCUGAUUAUUGUAAUGAAAAUAAAAUUACUGUCGUUUUUAUUUAAAAAUAUAUAUUAUUUAUAAGAUAA